GACGAUAACUGGGUGGUCUCUCUCAAAGAAAAUUACAGUGAGGCACGUGGUGUUACACGUAUGUCUAUAAAGUGUCACCUCUUGCGCGGAACCCCGCUCUUGUAUGCAGAGUGACUGAGGAAGACGAAGAUACGCUUCAUGACGAUUAGCCUUGUCGUCGUUGGCCAGCAGUGAUGGCUCCCGUACUCUGCUACUGGGAUGUGAGAUCCCUGGGACAACCCAUCCGCAACCUUCUCGUCUACAAAGGAGUCCAGUUUGAAGACAAGCAGUUCAAGGUCGGCCCUCCUGCCGAGUACGACAAGUGGCACAAGGAGAGGUCCACGCUGGGCCUGACGUUCCCCAACCUUCCGUACUACGUCGACGACGACGUCAGGCUGACCCAGAGCUUGGCCAUACUCCGUUACCUGGGAAGAAAGCAUGACCUGGUGGCCCGGAACGACAAGGAGACCACAGAGCUAGACGUCAUCGAGCAACAGGCGCGAGACCUGUGUCUCCUUCGGGCCUACGGGGCUGGACCAGAUGCGAAGCUCGAGCACGGUUUCGAGUCGCACGCCAAGAAGCUGGACGAGGUCCUGGGUCCCUGGGACGACUUCCUCGCAUGCCGGAAGUGGACACUGGGGGACAGGCUGACGUACGUGGACUUCCUGCUCUACGAAGGGCUCGACUGGCACCGAGAGUUCAAAGCGGAGACCUUGCAGCGGUACCCGCACAUUGUGGAGUACCUGAAGAGGUUCGAAGAACUGCCAAACAUCAAGGAGUACUUCGCCUCGGGCCGGUACAAGAAGUGGCCCAUCCUGAACUACCUCAGAAAAUGGGGCUUUAAGAAGCCAUCCGAAGGACAUGAGUAAGCGUUGCUGCUGCUAUUCGCUGUAAAAAAAAACAUGAUUUGAUAGCUGAUACAACCCAUGUGGCUGAAGAAAAUGAAGAUUCGAUUCGUUUGUGAUGUGUAUUUGUUCACCUUGUAACUUUCGACUACAGGGAGCGCACAACUGUCAAUAACACUGUGCUUAUUAUUUUCA